AUGCCUAAAAAAAGAAAGGGACAUGCUUUGAAGGAUAUUACCAAUGAACUGGAACAUAAGAAACCCAAACCAAAUGAAGCUUUACAAUUAUUACUGCAAUUACACCCUGAUUUAAAUAGUCAAAAAAUAUACUUUUUUCCUUGUAUGAAUGUACAUGAAGAGGGAAUACUUCUUUAUGACCAAAAGGACAAUUUUUAUUAUGUUAAUGACAUUUUAAGGAAACCAUCCUCCAUUGGCUACAAUUUUUUAAAACCUGAUCCAUUUUCUGCUAAUAUAAGUAAUAUUCUUAGAGAAAAGGAACAAAAAUAUUUUAAAUGA